AUGGCUACAAAGCCAUGGGCUGUUGAGAUAUCAAAGUAUGGAAUAUCAACAAUGUACGAAUAUACAAAUGACAUAGGACAUGCCACACAGGACAGAGUAGACGGUAAAGAUUCGCAGCGGAUUGUUGCCAUCGAAUUUGUCUGUGAGUCCGUAGCCUUUGGCUUUGGGAGGACAAAUGUGAACAAUCACAUACCAUCAGUGGCUUCUUUUAUAAGUCGUGCAAUCCGACGUCAUUUGGUUGUCAUCACAACCAAUCCAUCAUUCAGCAACUUCUUUGCUGCUGAAAGCGUCACUCGAUAUCAAGCAAAAAACCAUGAAGAAUCUGAUGCUACAUGUACUCGUGAUUACUACAGCAAUAGCGUUCGAGUGUACGCAUUGGGAACGUACGAGCUAUAUAACCUGCACUGUUAUAUGGCGAAAGCUUCCCAUACAUUGCAAAAAAGUGCUGUCGUCCAGCACACCGCCAAAGCCCAUAACCUGAAAGGUCAACUGCCUGAAGGGAACAUGGAAUCUUUAGCAACAACCAUUCGUUUCGUCACGCUGAACUGCUGA